AUGAAGAUCCUUUCAAUCGCAAUUAUAUCUAAACUUGCUGUCAUCGUGACUGCUGCAGAUUGUGGCUGUACUCCCACUACUAAUGAUCUUGCAAUGAAAUAUGGGCCACCAAACAACAACUGCGCAUUCCUUUCAGGGCAUCCCCAGGAUAAAUACUACUGCGUGCGUAUCUCAUUUCAAUAG